AUGUCGGCGGAUAAGUCUCACGACGUUUCGGUUGUGUCAGAGAAACGCACGUCGCAAUGGGAGGAGCUUAUGCGAACAUUUUCAGAGGCUCACAAGGACGCGUGCAAUGUGUCAGACAAACGCACGUCGCAAUGGGAGGAGCUUAUGCGAAAAUUUUCAGAGGCUAACAAGGACGGGUGCAAAGCGAUGUCACAAGAUAUUCCACGUGCCUAUCGUUCACUCAAGCGGUUCCCUACUGGCUCUCAAUAUGACGGUACAUGGGACGUACUGGGAAUGAGUGGCUACGGAACAUAUACUUUUCCUAAUGAAGUUAAAUACGUUGGAGAAUUCGAGGACGGAAUGUUUCAUGGCCAAGGCGAGUUGAGGUAUCCGAGCGGAGUGAUAUUACGAGGGAAGUGGAAGAAGGGACUUAUGUACGAGAGGAAACUGAUCUUUGCAGAUGGCUUGGAGUACAGUGAAAACGAUUGGAAAUAUUGCCGUAUGCCCGACAGAAGGCUCACGAUAGAGUAUGACAACGGUCUUCAGCCCGCCGGCAGUUCGUACCUGACAGCUGACCAGCCAACACGCGACGUACCGCCCGGGUACUACGAUACGGGCGAUGGAUUCUAUGAUCCUAAGACGAAAAUCGUAUACAAUGCCGACGAUUUGUCCGCUAUAAUCCGGUCGCCGUCACUUCACGAGCAAAAAUGGAUAGAAGCUAAUUGUCGUACGUCUCCGGAAACCUCAUUUGGGCCCAGACCGGAACUAUACGAGAAAUGGUCCAAGCCUCAAAUGGAACUAGAUGUGCCACCCCAUGGUUUCGGUUCACGACCUACUUCUAUUACUCAAAAGUUUUAUUAUGACAAAAUUGCUAAAAGCGAGGCAGCCGACGAACAUGACUCACAGUCCUUUGUAAGAGACUCACCGACUUUUACAGACAGGUGGAAUCACAAAUCGUUCAUUAAAUUCAAAAUGCAGUAUAAGAACAUAGAGAAUGACAGUGAUGACUGA